GCCGCAGUCCGCGCUCGUUGCCGCCAUCGGUUUCUAGUCUCUACGCCCGGCUGCGUAUUUUACGUACCGCGAUCGCCUUUGUUUACUCGUCCACGCGAGAUAACCAGCUGUUUGUGUCGCUCCCAUAUAUCUCAGUGAAAUCUCAGUGUACCAAUCCAUAGUGCAGUGCUCGUGCCUACAGUGAGUUCAUGGAUACCCCGGGAUAUUAUUAGAACGUGUGCUAAAGGCGGCCCAGCCAUGGCCGCCACGGCUCGCCGCGAGAUCGACACCGGCGAGGAAGACAUCGCCGCGAUCGCCAAACAAAUAUCUGACCACGCUGAAGCAAUCUAUCAAACGUGGAAAGCGCGCGGUCUAGCACCCACCGAAAUAUUGUCAUGUAGGCCCACGCCCGGCCUUAAACUGACGGAGAGUUUGCGAACAAAGCCAAAACCGGAACCGAAGCCCGAAAUAAAACAGCGCCCUGAAUUUCGUAGAGAACGCCCUGAAAUUCGUGAGCAACGGCCGGAUCUACGGAGAGAUCAGAGACCUGAACUCAGAGAUAUUCACUCGGAAUCUGAGAGGGAAGCGAUGAAUCUCCCUCCCGAUUUAGUUCCAGAGCGUAACGGCAGUGCUAAUCCCGCAAUUGGGAGACGGGACAACGCUGCUAUGCGGCUGGAAGUCGCACGUGAGGAGGAACGGCUCCUUAGGGCACUCCGUACCGGUGGAGUGGUUGCAGAGCGUCCAUCAGAAAGGCCUGAUGUGGUGCCUCCUAUAUCGCUAGUAGAUUACGCAAAGAGUCGGUACCAAGAUCGACUAGAUACAGGCGCGAGGAAGCCAGUAGCCGGCGCGAGUGGUGAACGACGAGCUUCCCUCGGCUCCCAUGUGACGGAGGCGAGGUCGAAGUUCGAAGCUCGAGCGCGCCGGUCCUCCAGCGCUGGUGCAGCUGAGUCUGGCUCAGCCACCGGUCAGACGCCAGUUCGACCGUUCCUUACACGAGGCUCUGUAGCAGAGAGAGUGCUUAUGUUUGAGCGCUGUCCGAGUGAAGCGACAUUAGAACUUGCAAAGCGAAAGUCACCAGCUGCUACUACUUGGCGAGGACCCCACGACGUCAUCAAUAGAGCACAGAACUAUGCAGCAUCGACACCUCCAAAGCCUUCGUCAGCGCCGCCCCACACGACUCUCCAGAGGUCGGUCAGGGCGGCCGGCCCCUCCAGGGUCAUACCACGGUUCUACUUCCCCAAGGGCCGGCCGCCGCCCGCCCAUCAGCAGGACCACGCGCUACACAAAGUUCAGUCUGCCUUCGCUACAUUUCCAAAUAGUCAGGUUCCUCGGGAGAGUUUCAAACACAUAGUCAAAGCCUGCGAGUGCCCACUAUACUGGAAGAUGCCUUUGUUCCUUGCAACGCAGCAGAACCUCCACGCUCCAGUGGAUGGUCACAAAUUCAUAGACUUUUGGAGAGAAAUGAGUACAACGUGUCACGACCAAGCUUCAAGAUUCGUGUACAUCUUAACAAGAGGCAAAAGCAAUACUCUCUCGCCAGAGGACUUCGUUCCUUUAGUCCAGGAUGUUGUGGAUACACAUCCCGGCCUUUCCUUCUUGAAGGAAGCCACGGAGUUCCACUCAAGAUAUGUUCAUACUGUGAUCGCCAGGAUAUUCUACUGCGUGAACCGAUCGUGGUCUGGCAGGAUAUCGAUCCCAGAACUCAGAAGGUCCAACUUCCUCCAAGUCAUCCAGCUUCUAGAGGAUGAAGAGGACAUCAACCAAGUUACACAAUAUUUUAGCUAUGAGCACUUCUACGUGAUCUACUGCAAGUUCUGGGAGCUGGACAAAGACCACGACCUUUUCAUCGACAAACACGACCUCGCCAGGCACAACGACCAUGCUCUCUCCAGCCGCAUGAUAGAGCGUGUCCUCUCUGGGUGCGUCACGCGUGGCAACCAGAACCGCCUGACCCCCCGAGGUGAGCCACGGAUGUCCUACACCGAGUUCGUGUGGUUCCUACUCGCUGAAGAGGACAAAAGCCAUCCCACGGCCAUCGAGUAUUGGUUUAGAUGUAUGGACCUCGACGGAGAUGGCUUCAUCUCUAUGUAUGAGCUGGAGUACUUCUACGAGGAGCAGAUGCAGAGGAUGGAGGCGAUAGGAAUCGAAACUCUACCCUACAAUGAUUGUUUAUGUCAGAUGCUGGAUAUGGUCCAUCCAGCUCAGCAGGGCAAGAUCACGUUAACCGACUUGAAGAAAUGUAAGCUCACUCCGAUCUUCUUCGACACAUUCUUCAACCUGGAGAAGUACUUGGACCACGAGCAGCGGGACCCCUUCGCCACCCAACGGGACUCUGAUUCAGAGAUUUCCGAAUGGGAUCGCUUCGCAGCUGAAGAAUACGAAUUACUCGUAGCCGAAGAGGGAGGUAGCGAUGCCCAGGAUCAAAUCUCAUACGAUGAAACGGAUGACGACUGUCUGUCGCCGAAUAUUGACGACGUUCGCACUGAAGUAAUAGAAGAUUCGAGCGUGGAAGACUCGACCCUCAGCGACAGCAUCUCCAAUCCUCGGGGGAAGGAGGCCGGGCGACCUUCGGGCUACGUCAACCUGAGCACGAUCUACGCCCUGGGUACUCCGGACCGAUGGGCCAAGACGAACGUCCCGGAACGAAAGACAGAGAAACCCAUCCCACCUGAAAAACCGGUCAGCCUAAUGAUGAUGAACGGGAAGAUGGACAGGUUCAACAACUUAAACAAUAGUUUUCUAUACUCCCAAAUGUUAAAUCCGAGGGCGAAAGACCCGCCGUCUUACACCGCGGCCACCGGGGGCUCGGACAGAGAGGCGACGAAUAUCGCGUCCCCGAAGAGAUCGCCCACGAGCCCGGUCAACGGAAUCGGCAAGAUCUCGGACAACUACGAACGAGCCGUCGCAGAGAGACUGAGCCCUCAACGGGAGAUCUCCAGACUGAACCGAAGCGUCUUCAGCAAAGUGAACACGGGCAUCGUGGCCAGCAAAGUGAAGAAAACCGGUUCGCGGCGCGACGAAGAGGACGAGGACUACGCGCGCGACAGUGACGAGUGCUCAAUAUAGAGUGAACCAAAGACUUGUACGUUAGAGAAUUUAGCGUAUCCCGAGGUACGUGCCUUGUUCGUUGGAUAUUAGGAAGUAGAUUUAGACGUAGAACGGUGUGUUUUAACAUCGCGUUGUUAGGUCAAGUAUUAUUCGGUAUUCAAUUUAGUACGCAUACGCAUUCAUGAACGAACGUAGACAGUGCUAAUUGUGAUAUAGACGGAAGUUUGGUUGGGAGUAGAAAAUUGUUUAGUUUAUGGUCCCUCUUUGUAUAGGACGAGUCGUUAAACUUCCUUUAAAAACGCAAAAUACAAACAGAGCUUAGCAGCUGAACGAUUGCUGCAAAAUAUUUUGUACAGAAGGUAUAUCAAGAUUAGCAGCAGUAUUUUGAAAAUGUUCAUAUUAGAUUAAUCAGAUACUAAUGCAGAGAUGUCUUCCGAAGUCGCGCUAACUCAGAGCCCUGCGCCGUUGUCAAUUGUCAACUGUCACUGUGUGUGUAAGUUAGCAUGACAUUGAGAGACAACCAUCCUUGACUGUCUAUGUUAAACUAUGUCAAGCUCCAUCUUUCAAAAGUCAAUUGCCAGUGUCACCUGUCAUCUGUCAAGUUUAAGUUAGCGUGACUUUGAAGGACACAUCUCUACUUGACUGUCUACGUUAGUGUAAGAAUAAAAAAUCUCUGCUUAAAAACGUCGGCCUCCACAAUCCGUCUCAAAUCAUUCAUAUCACAGCUCCAUCCAUAGCGGCAUAGAUUCCCAUCAAUCGCUUUAAGCAUACUAAAAUAUUAAUAAACACGCACAGAUGUGACUUAGAAUAGUAUAGGUAAAUAUUUUUAUAUCGAUUCCAAAGGACAAAUGAAAAUCUCGUAGAAAAAUUUCUUCAAAAUAAUGAAUUAUAUUAGUUAACCCGAGUUAAAUUGGUUAACCAAUGAUUUUACUUUUCAGAAUGGUUAUCUUAACUUUUAAAGUUUUACCUUAAUGUUAAGCAAAGGGGUUUAAAUAUGCUAGGCAUAUGGAUAGAAUUUUUUGAAAGAAUAAUAUUUUAAACGUUUUUAUUGGGUAAUGCGACGAAAAAGUUCCGUUGAGUUUGAGGAAGAUUAUUCAGUGUUUUGAGUCACUACAAAACUACUUUGUUUAAAUAAUAACAAAACAAGAAUUUCGCAAAUAAGAACCUUGUAUUAUAAAUCAUUAUAAAAAUAUUAUAUUCAGUUUUAAGAAGCACUGCUAUCUAAAAGUUUUUGAAAUUUUGAAUUCUUUAGGGAUCUGGAUAGAACUUGAAUUUAGUGGUUUUGAUUAUCAAACUCAGGCAUUUAUAUUAAAAAUAUACUUUUAAUAAAAAUAAAAAUAAAAUAUUAUGGUUUCGGCUGUAAUGUUAAACUUAUAUUUAAGUCUACUUUUACAUCCAGAUAAUAAACUUUAAUAUUACUAAACAUACUAGAUGGCGCUGUGUGAAUAUAAAAACGCGUUAUUACACCGAAGCCACGUGUUAUAAAUAUUUUCAGUGUUUUGAAAGUGGCCCCAUAUUUAAAUCUCUUUGAAAUUAUAGUUUGUACAUUGCUUUGAACAUAACAAGCAGCUGUAUAUAGGCUUAAACAUCGCUAGUUUUACAUUUUUUAUCUAGUCUACAGGGUGCUUAACUGUUUGUUUGAAUGUUUACCAUAUUUAACUAAGCGUAUUCAUAUUGGGAUCAAAAGCAAUGAAGGAACGAGUUCCAUUUGAUUCAUAUUUAGUUUUAUUUACGGAGUAACAAGACGUUACUGUCAAGUUAUUUUUUUUCUUUUUUAGGACGUUCAUAGAUAUUAUUAAUUUACAAAAUGUCAACGGCGAAUGUCAGUUACAACUGUUACGGCCUAUGUAUAAAACAUAGACUAAAGAGUACCGUGAUAACCAUUGCUUUUACAUGGUGACAAAAAUAUAAAGUCAAGUUUUAUAAUAAUACAUUUAAUCAUAAUCGUUAUUGACAGAUUUCAAUUAUGGAAACUACUAUU